UGAAGCAAUAGCAAGUUCAAUAUGCCUGAGAAAGUGCGUACUGCUUAUGAGAUGUUGUAAAGAGAGCAUUACUAACCCGAGAUUUCAUCUGAAAAGGUCAACUAUACGCUGUGCGUCCCAUCCAGUAUCAUCAGUAAGGCCAAUGCAAAGAAUCUACAACAAGCCACGUCUAUUCUCUAUCAACUAGCCAAAGUUGCCAGCAUCCAUAACGUCGGUGAGAUUGUUGUUAUAGAUAGUGAUAAAUGCGUUGGUGAUGAAGUUUCCGGUCCAAUUGACACCAAGAAGAAGAUCAAGUUUGACGAUGAAAACAGUUCCACGGCUAACUCCAAGAGCGAUAUCAGUGAAGAUGCGAUGGUAAUAGCUACAAUCCUCCAAUAUUUUGUUACCCCACCAUACCUCGUGAAAACCAUCUUCAAGCAAAAGUUCUGGAAGAACUUCCAGUACGCAAAGGACUUGCCCAAAUUGACGAGACUACCAUUCAUGGCACCGGACUCACAGUCUAAAUACAGAGAGGGCUUGACGGUUCCGAUGGGGAAGGUAUCCAAGCCUCAGAAUGCUAAGACCAAGGCAAAAUCCAAGCCCUUGACCAACACCAAAUAUGUGAACGUUGGGUAUCAAGAGUACUUAGAACUCUCGGGCCAGCAAGUGCCAGUAAACGUUCGUGUAACGGUGGAUACAUCUACAAAGAAGAUUGUAUCACCAAGAGAGGCAUACGAAGACCGGGUUGGAGUGAACUCUUCCUAUGGAUACCAUGUGCGUCUCGCGUCGACAUUUGCCAAGGUGUUCACAGAGUCCGCAUACCCAGAAGGCUAUACAAAGACCCUCUUCGUGUCUGGGGGCGAAUACCACCACCAUAACAAGCAUCCAAAGCUCCCAGCAUCAAAGGCUGUUGAUGGAGACUGUCUCUUGCUCAUCGUCAGCAAGUGGUCAGAGCUUGAGAGGCUUUUCAAGCAGGACAGACUAGAAGGUGUCGAUGACGUCAAACAGUUCUUUGAUGGUGAAGUUCCGGUACCCUGGGGCCUACGUGUUGAGGACAGUGCAAUGUACGCACUGACCAAGCUGAGCCCAGCUUGAAAUGCUGUGCCCACGCACACAACAUCACACACGCACGCUCCGCCUAAAAAUAAAAG